GUUGGAAUUGAAUCCCUUCUUCCUCAUUAAAGUUCAUGUUUAUAUUUUUCUCAAUUUCAGAAGGAAAAGACCAAGAAGGUACUGUUAGGCGGAAUUAAAUUAUUGGAUGACAUCUCAUCACCGUCACAUCAUUAAGCCGCGCAGACACUCUUCCCCAGGGCUAUUAAGAAGAGUCGUUUACUGUAGAGAGAGAUAAAAAAGAAUAUAAUAAUAAUAGAAGAAAAGGAAUCCCAGCCGUAGCUAGCUCUUCCCUUCCCUGAGCCUACUACUAAAACAGCCAGUAGCCGCAUUGCACACACUUCCUCUUCAUCAAGUCUAGAGAGAAGAAAGAAUCAUCUCAUAUGCCCGGCAGAGAGAUGACCAAUUGAGGGCAUAGAGAGAGAAAGAAAACAAGGGUUUUGGCCUUUUGGGAGAGGGGAGUUUCUUGUCUUGGGCAGUGGGCUUCUUUACUACUCACUCGUACGUACAGAGCGUGCAAAAAUGAAUAUCACGACACCAGCCUCAAAUGCAUUGCUAGUCUUUACUAUAGUAUUAUUGGUGCAUGCAUGUAAGUACUUUUAAUAUUUGUACAACUCAACACUGAAAUUAAGCCUAGCGUUUUCCCUCAGAGUAAGGUCACUGUUGUAUGGGAGCUUUUCCCAACUGCCUCACACUGUAGUGUCAGGGUUCAAAUUUCGGUUCUUGAUCAUGAAUUUUUAUCUACUUUGAUAACUGUUGUGUUGUAUAUCAAGCCAAGAACAAUGACUCUAAGCUACUAAUUCAAAAAUAUUGGAUUAAGUAACCCUCUUUAACUAAAACUCUGACAAUGAAUAAGUCACUAGCUUUAUGAAUGGAUACAAAAGCAUCACAAUAAUGAACUGAAAUUGAGACAAAUCUGUUUGCUGCUAAAUCUUUUAGCAUGUAAGAGAAGUAUUUUGGCAGAGGCAAAAUUAUAGAAAGUUGACGAAAGGGAGAGUGGAGCAAACGCACAGCAAGGAGAGAAUGAGGAAAUGAUGCAGGAAAACGGUGGGGUUUUAUUGGGAAGCUAAAAUGCCAACUCUGAAACUCUAUUUAAAAAAAAAAGACCCUGACGUGUUUCUUAAAACUCAUAUCAACCAAAAUUUAAAAAAGAAAAACCCGUACUGAUACGAUAUCCCCUUCCUCCAUUAAAGAUCCUUCUCACGAAGAUUUUCUCCCACUUCAUUCAUUGUCUUUUUUACUCGCUCUUUCUCUCUCUACCUUCCUUUCAUAGGAACGCAACAGAGUCACACUUUGUAGAAAAAGAGGGAAGGAAAAAUGCAGAGCUUCAAAGCUGCCGCAACUACUAAUCCAGACAUGUUUUGCCACUCUUCUUUCUUUCUCAGAGGAGACGAUUGUAAUAGCCGUAACCAGACGCGUUUCCCGGAUCUUGGAGAGCUUGAUCAUCCCGCUGCUGCUUUUCAUCACGAUGAUGCUUUUGAUUUAAGCCCAAGCUCCAUUUUUAGUUUAAAAUCCAACAAUGUUGGUGUUGUUGCUAAUUGCUUGCACUAUGGCGCCUUGAACACGAGCAUUGGUGCAACAGCGAUAGUUUCAAGUGGAACGGGGUGUUUGGAUACAGGGCAGUUCAUGUACCAGAAGGGCGCAACAUUUGGUGCCUCGUUGGGAAAUGGCCAUAUUGAGAACUGGGCUGACUCUGGCCUUGCUGAUAAUAGCCAACAGACUGACACUUCUACUGAUGUUGACACUGACCAUAAAAACCAGCUUCAUGGAGUUCAAAAUGCAGCUGUAAUGGUGGAUUCGGUGGAUCAAUCCAAGUCAAAAAGUGGUGAUCAAAAGACACUUCGCAGGCUUGCUCAGAAUCGAGAAGCUGCAAGGAAGAGUAGAUUGAGGAAAAAAGCCUAUGUCCAGCAGCUUGAGAGUAGUCGACUCAGGCUUACAGAACUAGAGCAAGAGCUUCAAAGGGCACGGCAGCAGGGUAUUUUUAUUGCAUCUGGACUUUCUGGGGACCAUGGCCAUACAGUUGCGGGAAAUGCUGCUCUGGCAUUUGACAUGGAAUAUGGACGCUGGCUUGAUGAACAUCAACGACUGAUAAAUGACUUAAGAUCAGCUGUAAAUUCUCAUAUGGGGGAUAAUGAAUUGUGCAUUCUUGUUGGGGGUGUCAUGGCUCAUUAUGAUGAGGUUUUCAGGCUAAAAAGCAUUGGUGCCAAGGCAGAUGUAUUUCACAUGCUAUCUGGUAUGUGGAAAACACCUGCAGAGAGGUGCUUUAUGUGGUUGGGAGGAUUUCGUUCAUCUGAACUUCUGAAGAUCCUUGGAAACCACCUAGAGCCUUUGACAGACCAACAAUUAAUGGGCAUAUGUAAUCUGCAGCAGUCGUCUCAACAGGCUGAAGAUGCCUUAUCACAAGGAAUGGAAGCUUUGCAACAAUCUUUAGUAGACACCCUUUCAUCUGCAUCUCUGGGUCCUUCUGCCUCUGGAAAUGUUGCAGACUACAUGGGCCAGAUGGCAAUUGCAAUGGGCAAACUUGCCACAUUGGAAAACUUUCUUCACCAGGCUGACCUUUUGAGGCAGCAAACUCUGCAACAAAUGCAUCGGAUUUUGACCACACGCCAAGCAGCCCGAGCCCUUCUAGUUUUUAGUGAUUACACUUCUCGGCUCCGGGCACUUAGCUCCUUAUGAGUGUACUCCCUAUUUCACCUUUUGGUACACCCAUUGACGAUUCUUGGAUGGUGAAGCAUAAUGUGAAAUGUAAAUUUUGGUUGCUGUCGUUUACACUCACUGGCCUAUGGAAAUGGCAGUAAUUUAGACGAUUGCUGUAUAUUAAGUAGGAUCUGAGCAGAAUGUGUUUGUGAUUGUGUGUAGUAAUCUCACAUGUGAGGCAAAUCUUCAAAAACUUUGACCAUCUUGUAAUCACCUUAUGUGCAAUGCUAACUUAGAUAGUUCAAUGCUUCCAAGUA